AGUAGUAAAAGUGGGAUGGGAGCAGGCGAGUGUCCUACUGACAGUUACAACGGGACGGAGCAGAGGGACGGAGGGAGCUCAUGUAGCCGCGGAGAGACACACUCCACCCGGACAGAGAGGAGCCCUGCUCAGCGGGGGGUCUGGAAAAUGGGAGCGGUGAAGUGAAGAGAAAAAAAGGCCAGAAAAAGAGCGCGGACAAACUGGAUGAAGACCAUAAUGGGGCUCUUCCUGUGGCUUGGCCUGCUGCUGAUGUCGGGUGUCCACUCCACCUUGGUCAAGAACUGCCACCCUGGCUGCCGUUGCGAAGUGGAAAACUUUGGCCUUUUCGACAGUUUCAGCCUGACAGGAGUAGACUGCAGCGGGUUGGGUCCCGGCGCCGCCAUGCCCAUCCCUAUUCCACUGGACACUGCCUAUCUCGACUUAUCCUCCAAUGCCAUGGGCCCGCUCAGUGACACCAUGCUAGCAGGUCCUGGGUACACCACUCUUGUUAGCUUGGACCUCAGCAGCAACCACAUUACAAUGGUAAGUCCCAGGGCUUUGUCAAAGCUGCGUUACCUGGAGACUCUGGAUCUAAGCCACAACGAUUUAGAGAGCCUCCCACCGAGCUGCUUCUUUGGCCUCCCUCUGGCCGAAGUUGACCUGAGCCACAACAGCUUACAGGACUUCAACAUGGACGCCUUUGCUGCCAAAGUUAACAGCAAGCCCCUCAGCGUGGAUCUGUCGCAUAAUAAGCUCGCAUCCAUUUCGGCGACGCAGCAUGCACAUUUUGUGCACAUUCAAAGCCUGAAUCUGACAGCAAACCGCCUAUCGAGUAUACCGCUAUUAGCAGGACUUGAGACAUUAAGGUACUUAAAUCUGGAUGGCAACCCUAUCAGCGUCAUCAAGGAAGGGGAUUUUGCUCACCUGAAAGAUUUGGUUUAUUUGACCCUCAGUGGCCUUCAGCAGCUUCAAGAAAUCAAAGCACAUGGAUUGAGAGGCCUCCAGAGCCUCCAGGUCUUAGAUCUGUCAAACAAUCCCAAGCUAAAAACACUGAGCCCGGACAUUUUCAGCGGACUGAACUCUCUGCAGGAGCUUAAUUUAUUCGGAUCUGGGGUGACGUCCUUACCAAAUAACAUGCUCACGCAGCUCCCCAGUAUGAAGAGCAUUAUGCUAGGACAGAACAUCCGCUGCUGGAGGACCCAGAAACAGGGACAGUUUCAUCGGCAGCUGGGUCAAGCGCAACACAACGAGGUUCUGAACUGCAAUGUGGAUGGUGUUGUCUUGUGAUCCUGCCAAAGAGGAUCCGCCUUUACGCCAGUGUUGUGCCUUUAUUCAAAUACAGUAAAAUAUACUGUUAAUGGUAGCAAUCAUAAACACAACAUAAAAUAUUAUAUACAUCUACAACUGUAAAGUUUCACUUUCUACAUCUUAUGCACUUAUAUAAAAAAUACAAUGUUUCUAGGUCAUCUGCAGAUGGCUCCAAAUAGCAAACAUAUUUUAUAGCAAUUGACCACUACAUUUUUUAAUUACCAUGUUGACCCGAAUAUAUGAUAACCCCGCCCCAAAAAAAAUACAAAUAAAUAAAUAAAUAUA